AUGGCGGCAAUGUCCAACUUGGCUAAUACUAUGGAAGCGAAUGAUGCUGCGACUAUGCAAGCUGUGGAAAGGAUGGGCCAACUGGCUGGGAACGGGAAUGGAAAUGGAAAUGGGAAUGGAGAAAGAGACAGUAACAACUUGGGUGGUGCUCCGAUGACCUUGGCUUCAUUUGUAAAAGUCCAUCCACCGACUUUUAAGGGGUCAACCAACCCUACUAAAGCAGAUAAUUGGUUCCAGGCCAUGGAGCGUGCUCUGCAGGCUCAACAUGUUUCAAACAUUCAAUUUGUAGAGUUUGUAGUGUACCAACUUCUGGAAGAGGCACAACAUUGGUGGCAAGGAGAGUGUCGCUUACUACAACUUCAGAACGCCGACAUUCCUUGGGACAUUUGGGUAUUUUCUGAGCUUGUAAACAAAGCAAGGGUGGUGGAGGAUUGUGAAAAGAAGGUGGCACUAGAAAGAGACACUCAAAGAGGAAACAACAACCGUGGGCAUGAAAAGUACCUUCAGCCUAAGGGUCAGAGCUUCAAGACGGGUGGACACACACCUCAACACCUUCAAGGUAGAGGAAAUGAUAGGAGGAACAAUUAUGAUCAGGAUUGCACUAGUAGAAGGAACCCGAAUGCGGGUCGGAACCAACACCAAGGUCGAGUGUUUGCUGUGAAUGCCUGUGAUACUUCUCAGGCGGAUCGGUUGAUGAGAGAUAAAUGUUUAUUUGGCGACAAAACAUUGGUUACAUUGUAUGAUACUGGAGCCUCGCAUUCGUUUAUUGCAUUUGAUAAAGUUGAAGAACUAGGGUUGAAAAUGUCAAAAUUAGCUUUUGAUUUGCAUGUGCAUAUCCUGUAUCAGGCAGUUGUGACUAGAUCAGGUUAUAGGCAAAUAUCUUUCAAGAUUGAGGAUAGAAACUUUGUUCAUGAUUUAAUGUGUUUGCCAAUGGUUGGGUUGGAGAAGAUUUUGGGGUUCGAUUAG